AGAAGACGCGCAGACGGGAGCAGGAACUGAUCUCAUAUCAUCGACGUAGAAGAUGGCAAACAACAUAAAGUUCAUUAUUUUUCUACUUUCUUUUUCCAACAUGGCUGCAGUAGAAUCAGACAGCUCUGUGCCUUGCUACAGGAUUGAGCCUGGGGUGAUAGCAGGCAUCGCCUGCGCGGACAUAUUGCUGACGCUUGUCAUUGUCAUGAUCACCUACCGAUGUGCGACACAUCACCGUCACAAGAUAGAAAAAGCUGAUGAAGUGUAUAUGAAUGUUCGGGCAAAUUGCAAGGCAACCGAAAGGCAAUGAAAUACAUCAAGAAAUUAUGCCCAGGCUUGUAGAGUGUGCAUUCUAUUAUAAACUGUACAAAAUGUGAUGAUGAUAUAU